UAUGUGGUGACAGCCACUGGCCGGGUGUUAUGUGGUGACGCAGGCCUCCUGAGGGGCAUAGCGGAUGGGCUGGUACAGUCUGGGGCAGGCACCGAGGCCCUGCUCACGCCCCUGGUGGGCCGGCUUGCCCGCCUGUUGGAGGCCACACCCACAGACUCUUGCGGCUAUUUCCGGGAGACCAUUCGGCAGGAUAUCCGGCAGGCUCGGGAGCGGUUCAGUGGGCAGCAGCUGAGGCAGGAGCUGGCUCGUCUGCAGAGGAGGCUGGACAGUGUAGAGCUGUUGAGCCCUGAUAUCAUCAUGAAUCUGUUGCUGUCAUACCGUGAUGUACAGGACUACUCUGCCAUCAUUGAGCUGGUGGAGACGCUGCAGGCCUUGCCCACCUAUGACGUGGCUGAGCAGCACAAUGUCUGUUUUCACUACACAUUUGCCCUCAACAGGAGGAACAGGCCUGGGGACCGGGAGAAAGCCCUGGCUGUGCUAUUACCACUGCUACAGCAGGAUGGCUCCGUGGCACCCGAUCUCUACUGCAUGUGUGGUCGCGUCUACAAGGACAUGUUCUUCAGCUCUGGCUUCCAAAAUGCUAGGCACCUGGAGCAGGCCUAUCACUGGUACCGCAAGGCUUUUGACGUGGAGCCCAGCCUGCACUCGGGUAUCAACGCCGCGGUGCUCCUCAUUGCCGCUGGGCAGCACUUUGAAGACUCUGAGGAACUCCAGCUGAUAGGCAUGAAGCUGGGCUGCCUGCUAGCCCGCAAAGGCUGUGUGGAGAAGAUGCAGUAUUACUGGGAUGUAGGAUUCUACCUGGGAGCCCAGAUCCUCGCCAAUGACCCCAUCCAGGUGGUCCUGGCCGCGGAGCAGCUGUACAAGCUCAAUGCCCCCAUAUGGUACUUGGUGUCCGUGAUGGAGACUUUCCUGCUGUAUCAGCACUUCAGACCCACACCAGAGCCCUCCGGAGGGCCCCUGCUGCGAGCUCACUUCUGGCUCCACUUCUUGCUACAAUCCUGCCAGCCUUUCAAGACAGCCUCUCCUCAGGAGGACCAGUGCCUGGUGCUGGUACUGGAGAUAAACAAAGUGCUGCUGCCUGCAAGGCUGGCCAUUCAGGGGACAGACCCGGUGAGCGCAGUGACCCUAAGCCUGCUGGAGCCCGAGACUCAGGAGGAUUCUUCCAGCUGGACCUUCCCAGUCUCCUCCAUCUGUGGGAUCAGCGCCUCCAAGCUGGACCAGCGCUGCUGCUUCCUCUACGCGCUGCCUCCGGCCCAGGAUGUCCAGUUGUGCUUCCCCAGUGUGGAGCGUUGCCAGUGGUUCUGUGGCCUAAUUCAAGUCUUGGUGAUGAACCCAGAUUCCUCGGCACCCACCGAGGAGGCAGAGGGCGCAAGGGAGGUGCUGGAGUUUGAUUAUGAAUACUUGGAAACCGGUGAGCGGCUGGUGCUGGGCAAAGGCACCUAUGGGGUGGUGUACGCUGGCCGUGAUAGGCACACGAGGGUGCGGAUCGCCAUCAAGGAGAUUCCCGAGCGGGAUAGCAGGUUUUCCCAGCCCCUGCAUGAAGAGAUCGCUCUUCACAAACGACUGCGCCACAAGAAUAUAGUGCGCUAUCUGGGCUCUGCCAGCCAGGGCGGCUACCUCAAGAUCUUCAUGGAGGAAGUGCCUGGAGGCAGCCUGUCCUCCUUGCUUAGGUCAGUGUGGGGACCCCUAAAGGACAAUGAGAGUACUAUUAGUUUCUACACACGGCAGAUCCUGCAGGGACUCAGCUACCUCCAUGAGAACCGCAUUGUGCACCGGGACAUCAAGGGGGACAACGUGUUGAUCAACACCUUCAGUGGGUUGCUUAAGAUUUCUGACUUUGGCACCUCCAAGCGGCUGGCGGGCAUCACACCCUGCACAGAGACUUUCACAGGGACUCUGCAGUAUAUGGCCCCAGAAAUCAUUGACCAGGGCCCACGAGGAUAUGGAAAGGCAGCUGACAUCUGGUCUCUGGGCUGCACCGUGGUUGAGAUGGCCACAGGUCGACCACCCUUCCAUGAACUAGGGAGCCCGCAGGCCGCUAUGUUUCAGGUGGGCAUGUACAAGGUGCAUCCACCAGUGCCCAGCUCGCUGUCGGCUGAGGCCCAAGCCUUCCUCCUCCGAACUUUUGAACCAGAUCCCCGCCUCCGAGCCAGUGCCCAGGAGCUGCUGGGAGACCCCUUCCUGCAGCCAGGGAAGAGGAGCCGCAGCCCGGGCUCUCCUCGGCAUACUCCCCAGCCCUCAGGCACCCCUUCCACCGAUUCCAGUCCUUCAGCUGACUCAGCCACCCAGUCUCAGACAUUCCCAAGGCCCCAAGCACCUUCCCAGCAUCCACUCAGCCCCCCAAAGCGCUGCCUUAGUUAUGGGGACACCAGCCAGCUCCGUGUGCCUGAGGAGCCCGCAGCCGAGGAACCCGCAUCCCCCGAGGAGAGUUCGGGGCUGAGUCUGCUGCACCAGGAGAGCAAGCGGCGGGCCAUGCUGGCUGCGGUGCUGGAAGAGGAGCUGCCCACACUAGCAGAGAAUCUACUGGAGCAGGAACAGGAUUCUAGACUCAGCAGGAAUCAUGUGGAACAGCUGCUUCGCUGCCUCGGGGCACAAAUCCACACUCCUAACCGCCGGCAGCUGGCCCAGGAGCUGCGGGCCCUGCAAGCUCAGCUGCGGACCCAGGGCCUGGGGCCUGCACUUUUGAAUGGGCCGCUCUUCGCAUUUCCAGAAGCGGUGAAGCAGAUCCUCCGCAGACGCCAGAUCCGCCCACACUGGAUGUUCGUGUUGGACUCGCUGCUCAGCCGCGCGGUCCGGGCGGCGCUGGCGGUGCUGGACGCAGAGGUGGAGAAGAAAGCGGCCCCACCGAAGUCAGAGGAGUGGAGUAAAGGGGAGUCCCAGCAGAAAACGCUGGAGAGCCAGCAGCUACACAGCCAGCUCCGGCCAGAGCAGGGGCCUCCGCCGCUGACCGAGCAGCUGGGCCUUUUGCGAGCUGAGACUGACAGGCUCCGAGAUGUCCUGGCUGAGAAGGAACGUGAGUGCCAGGCUCUGAUGCACCAGGCCCUACAUGGGGUACAUGCAGACACCGGGACUUAUGCCCUGGCUCCAGAGCCUCCAGCCACUCUCUCAAAGGACCAGAGCCUGGUGCAGUGGCUACAGGAACUGAGUGUGGACCCAGGCACCAUCCAAACGCUCCUGAGCCAUAGCUUCACCCUUCAGACCCUGCUCAAGUGUGCCACUCAAGAUGACCUUGUCUAUACCAGAAUCAGGGGAGGGAUGGUGUACCGAAUUUGGAGAGCCAUCUUGGCACAGCGAGCAGGAGCCACACCAGUUACCCCUGGACCCCGGGAGGCUGAAUGAGGACGUCAAAGGACACAGCCAUGGAUGGAUGAACAGAGAAGGCGCAGGUGGCUUCUGACACGCCCGUCCAGCCCCCAGGAGCAGCUGCAGGGACCCAGGCCGGUGGAAAUAACUAGGGAGGCACUCAAGGACACUACACACAAUCAAAGACUAUUAAACAGAACACUUGCUACCAUG